GUCUCAAAUCAAGCAGACGGAUGCGCUUGCGUAACCCUGAUCGACAGUAUAUUCAACGGCUCAUUGCGCAUGCUCGGCAACGCAUGGCAGCAUUACAAAAUCUCACGAUCUUCGAGGGAUCACCAGCGAACAACGCCAACAUUCCUCUCCCUAGCGCACCCGUUCCUCUGCGCGAACUGUUGGUCGUCGCACAGGGUGGCCGGCCAAGCGUCAACACUUUGCAUGAUUUCUAUAUUUUUUUCUUCACGAAUCUUUUUCGUCUUCUGCAGUGGGAAUCUUUCUCUCAAUCUUCACCACAUCUGCGCCGCGUCAUUUCAGCAUAUCGUGAUCACGACAAGAUGCAUAUUCUCUUGAAACGCCGUUUCUCUGCGUCUUUGGUGAGCGACUUAUAAAGCCCCACGGCUAGGGCCACUCGUCCCCUCAAUAUCACAUGUCGAAAAAAAUCUACUUUUGGUUAUCUAUUGUGAUCGUGGUAGCUCCGGCACGAUAGCUUCCGUCAGUCAAUGGCUCUUCGGAUCAUCUUGGACCACAUGCAAGACCCUAAAAUUCGGCUUGUUUCCGAUGACAUAGUUCAUAGCCUUUUUUUCUGGGCUCGGUUCCCUGCAUUAUCGCAGCGCAAGCCAUAUUGCUCGAAAUAUUCGACUCCAAUUCUCAAUGCCUGAAGAUUCACGGAUCUUCAGAUUUGCAAGUAUGACUGACUGAUCUAAUUUCGAAACUCACUUAUCGCAUUACCGGGGGUACUGUCAGGGUCGAUAUACCGAUAGUGCUCUCAUUUCACAAAGCAAUACUGCUUUCACCAUCAUGGUCACCUGUUGUCUUACAACAGCUUGUUAACCCACAUUCAGGACUUGCUUUGCGAAUCACGUCGCUGAACGUCUUGAAGCUGAAGCCAAGCGGCGGUAACUGUGCCGGCUUUCUUGAGGAUCUUUCAAUGUUUCACUUUAGUUCUGACAUGAAGGAAUAUCUCCGCCUGCUAAGGGACGGCUCGAUGCGGAUCGAAAUGUCAGCUGCUCAACUACCUCAGCUCAAUUGGUUGUGACACCUGUCAAUCGGCGAUCAAAGUCAGGCCUCAACACGGUCAGAUGCGAAAAUGAUGAAUUUAUUGCACGAUGCGCGGUAAUUGAUACUGUCGCGAAAGCAAACUGGGGUGCACAGACAGAGAGAUGUGCGUCACACAUCCAGUGAGUUAGAUGGUUGUACCAAGUGGUACAACUGCUGCUGCGGCUGCUUUUCCUCUUUAAAUUCCCGUCCGUCAGUCCCUGUCUUUCUCAGUUUGUCUUUCUUCGGUAGAUGUCGUAUGGUUACUUUUGGGUACUGCACUGUAAUCGAUUUCUAUCAAUAUGAACUUUUACAGCCUUGUUGCUUUUGCACUGUUUGUGACCUCGUCUCUGAGUCGAGCCACUGUUGAAGAAAUACAUCUUCAGUGGUCACUUUGUGAUCGUGAUGGAGAAGCCGUCCUCGAGAAACUAGGGGAAGAAGUUCGCCUACCCUACAAACGCAAUCCGAUCACCUAUUUCGACACUAUGCCCCCGACUCAUGCGCAACAAGGCGUCAUGUUCCGUACAAAGACGAACAAAGGAAAUCCGUUUUCCGUCAUCAAGGUGCGCUUCGAUGAGAAACCAGAGCGCAUUCCCCCUGGCGCCCAUUGCGUCUAUGAUCGAUACGGAGACAACGUCCCAUUCACUUGUGGUCAACGGUACCUCCUAAGCGACAAGACGACCCAAGAGAUCUGGAGCGAUGACCAAGUUCGCUUUGUAGAAAAGUACGACGAUAUUGACUGGGAUGGCCUUGUAUCCUACGGGCCUUUCCCAGAUGGCAAGUGGAAGUUGAGAAUACUGGGUCACAAAGCGAAGCUGGAUGAUGUUGUAGCUGGGGAGCUUCACCUUAUAGAGAUUGAACUGUCUACCCCGAAAGCCGGAUCUGAGAAGGUGUAUCAGGAGGUCACUGAAUAUCUGAGAGAACACGAUGUAUUGCUAUGCGACCCCCAGGCGUCGAAGACACUGCGCUUGUUUCGGCAUAUGGGAUACAUUGAUGACGAAGAUACUUGGAGCGAGGAACUUUAGCUACUUGUCAUACAUGUCAGUUCUCUCUCAGUCUAUCAAGUUACACUAUUGACAAUUUACCCGUCUUCC